UUUAAGUGUUAAUUAGCAAAAAUGUUAGCCAUUUCUUCUUCUUCUUCUCCUUUAUUUUCUACUACUACUAAUAAUUUUGGUUGGCUUUUAGAAGAUCUUAUAAGCCAUGAAUUAACAAAUAGUGGAGAAACUUCAAAUUCAUCUCAAAAAAGCCUUCAACAUUGUGAUUCAAAUAAAUUUGAUCAAAUUAUUAUCAACGGUGGUGAUCAGUAUCAACCUGAUCAGACGGUUAAGAAGCUUAAUCAUAACGCGAGUGAACGUGAUCGUAGAAAGAAAAUCAACGGCUUAUAUUCUUCUCUUCGCUCUUUACUUCCUCCUUCUGAUCAUACGAAAAAGCUAAGCAUUCCAUCAACAGUAUCAAGAAUUCUAAAGUACAUACCAGAAUUACAAAGUGAAGUUGAAAGAUUGGUUCAAAAGAAAGAAGAAUUUACAUCAAAAAAUAUUUUCAAUAAACAAAAAAGAAUAAAAGGAGGAAUUGGGAAUUCUUCAUUUGUUAUUUCAACAAGUGAAUUAGGUGACAAAGAAAUAGUGAUUCAAAUAUCAACUUUGAAGAUCAAUAAAGGUUCAAUUAGUGAGGCUAUUUCACAAUUAGAAGAUGAAGGACUUGUUCUACUAAAUGCAACUUCUUUUGAGACUUUUGAAGAUAGAGUAUUCUACACAUUGCAUUUUCAGGUUGAAGAAAGUAUGGUAGUUGAGGUUGACAUGUUAAGAGACAAGCUAUCAUCAUAUUUUGAGAAUGAAGAGAACUUAUUAUGACAAUGAAUUUCUAGAUUUAUAUAUGUUUAUUGAAAAACAUUAUAAUCACACAUUCUUUUUCUUUUUUCAAUCUUUUUAAUUCCUUUAGAACAAAUCUCAAGAGCAAUUCAAAAUGUAAAUGUCUUUUUAUUUACCAUGUUAUUG